GUUAUUUCAUAAUUUUCAGAAGCUUCUCAAAAUGUCGACGAGUGGAGAAAAGUGGGAAACAGUUUCACACAAAAAGAAGGCCACUGUGGCCGAUAAAAAGGCGGCGCAGAAAGCAUUUGUUCAACAUGCUCCAACUGUGGAUCAAAUGUCUCCUCUGCGAGAAAACUCCACCAUGUUCAGUGAGGCCUUCACGAACGGCUCUGCCAAGGGUGCAAAGAAGGCCAAUGGGGAUGCAAGCCAGGGGGGCAAGAAGCCAAACCCGACCCCGCAGCAACAUAAGAAGAAGAAAGGGGGCAGUGAUGGAAAGAAGAAGCCAGAGAGAUUCAACACACUUGACGAAGCCCUAGAUGCACUUCAGGUCGCCGAGGUCAAGGAUCAACUGGAAGAGGUCAAGGCUCGUGUGCCUGAUUCACCAGCUCUAUGGUUAGGAGACUUGGCUCUACUUUUGAACAGGAAAUUACUGACCAAAGAAUUUGAUCCAACCUUCCCCGAUAAGCCAUCUGAUUAUCCAUUAUGUAAGAUGAACAGCUCGGUGAGGAAGCUCUUAAAGAACCUCAUGGAAACCUACCCUGAGAGGAUGCUCAGUAUGUUCUUCCAACACUGUAUCAGAGAGGUUGAGACCGAUCUGCCUAAAGGAAAUGCAGUGAAUGGAUAUCGGAUCUUUUUGCAGCUCCUGGCUGUGGAAUAUCCUCAGUUUGUCACCAAUCGCAUCUCAGAUUAUCUAGAGGUCUUCAAGAGGAGACAGAGUGACCGCGCCACUUGUCUGACCAUCCUAUGGGGCUGUAUUCAGGCUGGUCAGCAUGAUCCGGUCAUUGGCCUGCAAGUUUGGAGUAAGCUAAUGCUCCCUCUCCUUGGCCAUAAGAUGGUUUCUCCCUAUGCUAUUUCUACUCUGGACCGCUUCUUAGGGCAGAAGCUUGAUGAGAAACGUGCCAGCCAGGUCCUAGGUCCAAACGAGUUCUUCCCCAUUCUCGACUAUGUCUUCACACCAAACAACUCACUCCAACCUAACUUACAGAAGCAACUGUUGGGCCAUUACCCUAGACUUAAGCGUCUUGCCUUCCGUGAGAACCCUGAAUCCAACCUGAGGAAUUUCUUUCCUUCUCUGCUAGCCAGAACAACGGACCACUGCCCUGUUGCCCUCAAGACCGAGCUACUGGAGUGCCUUGUAUUUUGCCUGUGCCAGGAUCAGCAUUGUUUCAGUGAAUGGCGUCAGAUGUAUGACUCUCACAUGAAACAAUCUAGUCUGUUGAUGAAUCACAUCAUCAAAGUAUGGGACCAAGUCAAGCUUCCCAAGAAACUUCUCCAGGAGACGGUACGAGCAUUCAGCGUGACAAAUGAGGAACAGCUUGCUUUGAAUCAGGCCAGUAUCAGGCGCGUUCACAUCGAGGAGUGCAAGGUAGCGUGCGAGGAAUUACUGGAGAAGAUGAGCAGUUUCAGGAUGCCAUGGAAGACGUUGAUCUCUGUCGUCUUUCUUGCUAUCAUGACUUUCUUGGCCAUGGACUUCUAUACCAGCCAUGGCUUCCAAGGUUCCAGGACAGAGGUAUUCCUUCAGAAAUCAGGUCUCCUUGCUAUUUCCAAACAGGCUUGGACCAAAAUCUCCCUCUUUACUACCAACAUCAUGGGAUGGCUGCAGGUGAACGCACCGAUCUACUAUGCCAAGGUCAGUGAACUUUGUGGACCUUACCUCGCCCUAGCGCUGGAGAAGCUGUACGACCUGUGGGCGUGGUUUGUUACCGUGACGACCCCUCUCAAGGAUUGGAUCGCAGUGAAUGCCCCCAUCUGGUUGGAUUGGAUCCUGGCACAGACUGUCGAGAUCCUACAGCGUCUGAUGGUCUGGCUCACCCAGUUGUGGGAGGUCGUGUCCGAGUACGCCAUCGCCGGCUGGAUCGUCGUAGCACCGUACCUGCAGCAAGCCUGGGACCUGACUGUGGUCUACGUGGCCCUGGUCUGGAAUGCUGUGUACCCAGUCCUGGACCAGGCGUGGGACAUGCUAAAAACGACAUUCAGCAAGACGUAGACCCAGGCUUCCGGAUGAAACAGCAAUUCAAUCAUCGAGUUUCAUCUGGAUAUACCGAGCAAA